ACCGCUAAGCAUUCCUUCUCUAUAUAAACUAUAAGGACUCAAUGACAUUAUAGAGAGAGAGAGAGAUUAAAUAGGGAAACGGAUAUGGAUCCAACAGUUUCAACAAGAAGAGAAGAAAGUGAUGAGGCUGAAGCAGUGAACAUGUUGAAGGUGUUACCGAUGGACUGCAUAGCAAAGGUGCUGUCAUUAACGACUCCUGCUGAUGCUUGUAGGUCGUCCUUGGUUUCAACAUCAUUCAAGUCGCUGGCUGAAUCCAAUGCCGUUUGGGAUUGCUUUGUUCCACCUGAGUCUGACUAUCUAUUCAAUAAUGCUUCUUCUUCGUCGUCCUCGUCUUCUCUCCCCAUUUCUUCCAAGAAGAAACUCUUCUUACAUCUCUGCGACCAUCCCCUCCUUAUACACGACGGCAAACUGAGCCUUUCCUUGGAGAAAAAGAGCGGGAAGAAAUGUUACAUGCUAUCUCCAAAGGACCUCAUCAUUGUCUGGAUUGAUACUCCUGACUAUUGGAGAUGGACUUCUUUACCUCACACCAGGUUCCCAGAAGUGGCGGAGCUUAUCAAGGUGUGUUGGCUGGAAAUCCGUGGCAGGAUAAACACUUGUAUGUUGUCCCCAGCCACACUAUAUGCAGCUUACCUUGUGUUCAAGACAACUACAGGAUCCUAUGGAUUUGAAUCCCAGCCUAUUGAGGUCGAAGUUGGACUUGUUGGAGGUGAAAUCCAUAAGCAAACUGUCUAUUUGGAUGCAGAUGGAGGGCGGAGGCUACGAUACCAGAUUGUACCACGGCGAAUCGGGGUUUUUAAUCGCCCCCUUCGCCGAAUUCCGGGGUUUCAAGCCCCACAGCCACAACCUAAAGAAAAUGAGGAGCUGAAUGGCCUUAAGUAUCCCAAGGAGAGAGUAGAUGGGUGGUUAGAAAUUGAGUUGGGUAAGUUCUUCAAUAGAUCAGGAAAAGAUAAUGGGGAGCUAGAAAUGAGUGUUUUAGAGGUCAAUGGGGGUAGCUGGAAGGGUGGCCUCAUUGUUCAAGGCAUUGAGAUCAGGCCUAAACCUUAAUAGAAUUUUGUAUGUUUGAUCCAAUUUAGUAAAGUUGAGAAUGUGGUAUGGAAAUUUUGUUGCUUUGAUUCAAUUCACUAAGGUGAUUGAGAAAAAGGCAAAGAAUGUGGUACCUACGUGAUAUUUGGAUGGCCUUGUAGUGAAAAAAAUCCUUGGGAGUGAGAAAUAUAGAACUAGCUCAACAAAUUGUGACAAAAUGUGGAUCUAACACCUGUAACUUGGAAUCAUCCAAAGGGUGGAUUUUAAAAUUUUACGUCUCUCAGGUUAUUGUUGUAAUUGGGACGUGGAUUUCAGCCAAAAAGUGGAAUGGAAGUCCUAUCAAAAAAAAAAAAAAA